AUGUUGUUGUUUCGUGUGUUGUGUUUACUGACGGUGCUGCUGAGUGUUCCGUCUCUAUGCGCCUCAGCGGAGACGCCUUCCCAUAAUGAAGAAAGUGUUGCUUGCACUGACGAUUCUCAGGAUACACGUUGUAGUCAUGUGCGUACUGCUGUGAGUGGAGAACCACAACAACAACCACUUCGUCCUGGUGAUUCUGAAUCUGGUGUUGACUCUUGCAAAACUGUUUCUGGUGGUCUUGCUAAAGGUUCCUGUCCUACUACGCCGACAAUUGCUGGAACUCAUAAAGUAGCUGAUAGUGGUACCAUGAAUACUUCCCAAGUCUCUGACCCUGGUGAUGGUGAUGGUCUUGCGGGGAGUGGAGAACAGCAGCAUUUGGAAAGUCAGCAAAGGCAACCAGGUGAUGCUGUUUCAGAACCCUCUGGUACUUUAACUGGUGUAAACCAAGUGGGAGGUAAACCAGGUGUGCCAGGGCCAGAUAAUAACGAUGGAAGGCAGGAAAAUGAGAAGAAUGGCGAUCAAGGUCUGAGGACUGAAGAAACAACAACAGGUCCAGUGAUCAGUGGAGGGGCUGAUCAGAAUAACGGAACUCAGCAGCCCGCAGGAAAUGGUUCACAGUCCUCAGAAUCUUCAGGUGUAUCUAAUACAGAUACAAGAGAUUCUGAGAGCAAUCAAAGCGGUACAACGGAACAACCUCAAUCUUUGGACAACAACCAAACUUCUCAAGGACAGAAUGCUGAAGCUGAGAAUGCUAAUGGUGCUGCGAAACCUGCAGAGGAUGAGACAACGAAGAACAAUGACAACACAACCAAUAAUGAAGAAUCAACCACCACCACCACAACAACAACAACACUUCCUCCUGAACUCACAAAUAACAAGAAGGGUGAUGCAGACAGCAGCAACAGUAUCAGCAGUUCUGUGUGGGCGCGUGUGCCACUACUGAUUGUGGUUACACUGGCCUGUAUUCUUGUGUGCUGA